AAAACUCUACACAAUGAGAAAAUAAGCUUUAAAAAUAGAAAAAUAAAUAUUUACACGUUUUGUCAAACAGAAAUUGUUGAUCCAUGUAAGAAAAACAUAGAUCAACAACUACACGUUUGCAAUAUUAUGCAAACCGCUUCUAUAUAGUUUACUAAGCGACCCAUUGCACGGACUUAUUGAAGUAAACUUAUUGACUUAUUGAAGUAAGUCCGUGCAAUGUUCACAUCAUUGGCUAAAGACCAUUAUCCAUUACUGAACGAUUAACAGAAUAUAACUUCAUAUAAUUUCAAUCACUGUAUUUUAUUUCUGUAUUGAGUUCAAAAAAUAAAAAAUAUUUUCACGAAAAUGAAUAUUGCAAAUAGCACAUUUACGCUGUCUCAUUUAGACGAUUUUGCUCAUUACUCAUUGCAAAUUUUCUUCUGGCAAUGUUAAUAGAAAUAAACUCUUGAUUUCCCUGCAUAAAUAUUUCCUGCUUGGCAAUACCUUUGUAGUUCUUUGUUUUUCUUUCCACUUACGGCGGUGUUCUAGAUGUUCGUUCUAAUAAGCAUUUUGUAUUAAAUUCUUAUUUGUUUUAAAUUUUAAUAUCUUCGAGAUGCCCCCUGUUCGAAAAAAUCAAAGUCUGGAUUUACAUAUGUCAAAAUCUGGUCGUAAAGAACCUUUCCAUGGAAUUGUGGAAGAAACAAAUCUCAUGGCAAAUGCUAAGUCCACAUCUCAAAAUGAGCCACCAAAUCACACCGACCUGACUAGCGACUCUAAUUGUGGUGCUACGCAAGUACAGCAUGAUCAGCCACAAACGGAUGAAAACGAGGCAUUUACGGCGUUUCUAAAGGCUGAACAAAAGAAAUUUGCAAAGAUUCAGCGUGACAUUUGGAAUAUCAGAAAAAAAAGAAUAGCAUUGCAACCGAAGGGAGAUUAUUUAGUAUCGGAAAUUAAGAACAAAUUGCAACAAAUGAAGGAAUUGAUGAAUGAAUUAAGUGAAUAAUUUUUGCUAAUUAAUAAAUGACAUUUUGUACGCUCCUCAAGUGAGUCAAAAUCAAAAUUAAACAUAAAGUAGUGAAUAAAAGAUUUUCAUUCUUACACUAUUCAAAUACUCAAUGCAUUAAAUCUUAAAUAAAUUGCUAUAUGACUUA